CCCCACCGUCCACCUAACUCUCCACCACACUCAUUCUCCUUUAGAUUACACCUCCCUAUAUAUACACACAUCAAUCCACUAUCCACCAUUAACACAUUCCAAAAGCUACAAUCACAAUCACACUCACACUCACUAUCUUCUUAUUCAUCACAAACUCUAUUAUUAUUUGCUCUAAUGGCUGCAUCUGCUUCAGCUUCAGCUUCUUUGCAAUCAAUCCCUUCAUAUGUAAAACAAUCACACACCACCACCACCACCGGAGCAGCUCCUAAUCUCCUGUCAUUCAGAACCUCUAUUAACCCGGUUUUCUCAAAGAAACUGACCACCAACGUUAAUGUUUCCGGCAGUCGGAAAGCGUUUACUAUCAAAAGUCAAAGCAACCCCUCAGAUUCUUCUAGACCCACCAAAGUGCACGAACUAUGUGUGUAUGAGAUCAACGAAAGGGACCGUGGAAGCCCUAUGUAUCUCAGAUUGGGUCAAAAACCUGUGAAUUCCCUUGGAGAUCUUGUUCCUUUUACCAACAAGGUGUACAGUGCGGAUCUUCAAACAAGAUUAGGGAUCACUGCCGGAAUAUGUAUUCUGAUCAAAAACAUGCCGGAAAAGAAAGGUGACAGGUACGAAGCUAUUUACAGCUUCCACUUGGGAGAUUACGGGCAGAUAUCCGUACAGGGUGCUUACGUCACAACGGAGGAUACCUACCUUUCCGUCACCGGCGGUACCGGAGUGUUCGCCGGAGCGUACGGUCAAGUGAAGCUGCAGCAGCUGGUGUUUCCGUUUAAGCUGUUUUAUACUUUUUAUUUGCAAGGGUUGUCUGCUGAUCUGCCGUCGGAGCUGUUGGUGACGCCGGUUCCUCCAUCUCCGGCGGUGGAAGCGUCGCCGGCGGCGAAGGCAGCUGAGCCUGGGGCUACGUGCCCUAACUAUACUGACUGAUUAAAGUAGUGAUGGUGAUGUGCAUUCAUGGAACCACCGUUGCUUUGAGGGGUUGGAUAUAGUGAGGGUGAGUUGUACGUUUAGCUUUGUGGGUUGUACUUUUAGUAUGGAAGUGAGGCAUUAGGAGGGUUUUCUAACUUGGUCAUCAAUUAUGAUGGUAUGAGGUUUGGCUUCAAGUCAUAAAUAAUGGAAGGAAUUUAUGAUUGUUACCUUUUUU